AUGGAGAAGCUGGGAUUCACACUGCCACGCUCAGCCAGGCUCCAGUCCGGAGGCUGGAGGCGGCUUUUCCAGCAGGAACGAAUCUCAUACACACCUCCAGAGAGCCCGGUACCCAGCUACGCUUCCUCAACGCCACUUCAUGUUCCAGUGCCCCGGCCACUCAGGAUGGAAGAAGACUCAAUCCGCCUGCCCGCACACCUGCGCCUGCAGCCGAUCUACUGGAGCAGGGACGACGUAGCCCAGUGGCUCAAGUGGGCUGAGAACGAGUUCUCCUUACGGCCAAUCGAGAGCAACACAUUCGAGAUGAACGGCAAGGCCCUCCUGCUGCUGACCAAAGAGGACUUCCGUUACCGUUCUCCGGGCUCAGGCGAUGUGCUGUACGAACUCCUACAGCACAUUCUGAAGCAGCGGAAGCCCCGGUUCCUCUUCUCCCCCUACUUCCACCCGGGAAACGCGAUGCACACCCAGCCGGACACGCUCCUGCACCAAAACCAUGAGGAAGAUAACUGCGUGCAGAGGACGCCGCGGCCGACGGUGGAGAGCCUGCACCACAACCCCCCCACCAUCGAGCUACUGCACCGCUCACCCAUCACCACCAACCACCGGCCUUCUCCCGACCCCGAGCCGCGGCCGCUCCGGUCCCCGCUGGACAACAUGCUCCGCCGCCUGUCCCCAGCCGAGCGGGCGCCGGGGCCCCGGCUGCAGCAAGACAACCACCACCAGGAGGCCUACCCCCUGUCGGUGUCACCCGCGGACAGCAACCACCGCUCGCCGCCCUCUGAGGCCCUCGCCAAGCCCGGCAGCCCCCGGCCCGAGAACGCCCGCGUCAUCCAGCUGAUGCCCAGCCCCAUCAUGCACCCCCUGAUCCUCAACCCCCGGCACACAGUGGACUUCAAACAGUCGCGGCUGUCCGAGGACGGGCUGCACAGGGAAGGGAAGCCCAUCAACCUGUCACACCGCGAGGACCUGGCGUACAUGAACCACAUCAUGGUGUCUGUGUCCCCGCCAGAGGAGCACGCCAUGCCAAUCGGGAGAAUAGCAGACUGCAGGCUGCUCUGGGAUUACGUCUACCAGUUGCUCUCCGACAGCCGGUACGAAAACUUCAUCCGAUGGGAGGACAAAGAGUCCAAAAUAUUCCGGAUCGUGGAUCCUAACGGCCUGGCUCGACUCUGGGGGAAUCAUAAGAACAGAACAAACAUGACCUACGAGAAAAUGUCCAGAGCCCUGCGCCAUUACUACAAGCUCAACAUUAUCAAGAAGGAGCCGGGCCAGAGGCUCCUGUUCAGGUUCAUGAAAACACCAGACGAAAUCAUGAGUGGCCGGACGGACCGGCUGGAGCACCUGGAGUCCCAGGAGCUGGAUGAGCAGAUGUUCCAGGAAGAUGACUGCUGAGGGGGCCGAGGCCAGGCCAUAGAAGCGACCGCUAACGGGGCCGCCAGGCCCCGGCUGGGCCAGGCCGCCGCCCGCCCCGACCAGAGCUCCGGCACAGUGGCCCGCUGGGCACAGCCAGCAGGGAAAGACCCAGCGUGGCGGGAACGCCUCCGCCUCCAAGCAGGAGGCCCCGGGCACCCCGGUCUCCCCCGGCGGAGGCGGCCCGGCCUCCCGAGGGCAGCCUCGCCUUCCCCGCAGCCUCCGUCUACAACUCCCUGACCCGUCUUCUCCGGUGGUGUUCUUUUUUCUUUCUGGUUUUCAUUUUUUAAGAACUUGCGACAUGAAUUCUCAUCGUUCAUACAGGGGAAGACAUCAGAUCUUGUUUUCCUAUGGAAAUAUAUAUUGAUUUUAUAUAUAUCUAUAUAUAUAUUAUUUUUGCAAAUCUUAGAGUACGGCCAGCUUAGCUGGUCAGAAAAGAGAAUACUGCCGGAGGAGUGACUUCCUCCUUCUCCUGCUUGUGGUUUAGGUCUGCCCUGCUGGGACAAAGACCCAGCAAGUCCUGGUGGAGACGGGGAGAGAGGCUUUUAACAAGGAUCUCGGGGAAGGAAAAGCCAUUUCUCUCUCUGCCUUGCUCUCUCUCUCCUUCCUUCCUGCGUCCUCUCCCCCUCCCCCCUGCUGCUGUACUCUAUACCUCUCCACAGAGCUCAGCUCGGUAGAGAAUCGUGGAGUUUGUUGUCACCAAAACAGACCAGUGACUCGGAUGUCUCAUCAGAGGGAGGCGGCAAAGAGAGGCCACCAUGGCCUGGGAAGAUCAGCGCCCAUCUGCGCCUGCCCAGGCUGUGUGGAAGGCCCGGGCCCCAGGCCUUAGCGCACAGAGACCGCAGAGGAGAAAUAGAGAAAGACCACACAGGCCUAGCAGUCCAGAAACUGGGCAGAAUUUUUCUGAAACAGAUUAUUCAGGUUAGUGGGAAGAAAAGCCCCUCCAGUUCAUUCCAAAGGCUGCCUGGUAUCACUUUCCAUGGCCUUGUGGAUUUUUUCCCCUCCUUACUUCAGUUCCCAGCCUUCUUUAAAGCUUCCUGGGAGCCACUGAUCACAGUGUGUCUUGUUGGGGGGAAGGGGGACCCUGGAGUCCAUUCCCACUUUGGGGUUUGUCGAGCCGGUGCAGACAGGAAGUUCCCCAGCGGCCUUGCUCUUUGCUCCCACGCAUGCUGCACUCCAGAGGGCCAUGCGCUCGCUUCUUCCUGUCUGUCGGCGGGCAGCGCCUCCUGCGGCCGGGCAUGCAGCAGCUGCAGAUCUUUUCUCUUCCCGGCUUCACCGCCUGUGGCUACUCUCCAGGUGAGGUCAGCGAAGCAGUGUGUGGAGCGUCGUCUCUAAAUCCAGAUCUGCCUUACAGCGCCCCCCUCACCCAUCCCCCGCUCCCUCCGUGACACCCCGGGCUCACUUGAGUUCCACGAGCAACGGUUGGCAGAGCCCGGGCUGUGCUCACUGACAGUGGCCACCAGCCCCGCUGCAGGGAGAUGCACGGUGGUCCAGAGACUGGACUUGAGCCAACUGGGGUUCUCGAGCCUGCUCUGCCCAGGCUGGCCACCAGACAGGUAGACGCACGUGGCCAGCCCACUCCUGCACCACGUGCUUCCCCGAUCCACCCUCAGGAGGACAGGAUGCUGCUUUCUGUGUGAAGGGUUUUGGUGAUUGUAUUCCAGCAGAUCCCAGCCUUUCCAGAGUGUUCAGGGAACUGGGCAUGGGUAUUGGGAGGCAGAGGCAGGAAGAUCAAGAGCUCAGGACUAGCUCAGAAUAAGUAGAUUCGUGCAAAAAAGCAAAAGGGAUGGAGACACAGCUCAAGUGUGGUCAGGUGCUUGCCUAGUGCACACAAGGCCUUGGGUUCGACCCCAGAACUGCAGAGAGAGAAAAGUGUUGUGGUGAUCCAUGUCCAGCCUCUAAGAUGGCCAGGGCACCGAGUCACAUGGUGGGUAGAGGCCAGGAGCUUCUCCGAGGCCCCUGGACUCAAGAGCAGGCGCCAUGCUGUUCUUCCUGCAAGCCAAGGCUCAUUCUCGCCCUUCGCCACAUAGAAGGCUGGGCCUCUGACACUCAGCACCGCAAGUGCGCUCUGGAGGGACGUCCCUCGCCCGGGAGUUCUGACUUGAAGCAUCCUCUGAGGACGUGAGGCUGAGGGCCAUCUUCAGGCCCUGUAGAGAUGUCCCAGCCCCUCUUCGCUAUGGACACCCCUUCGCCCAUGCCACCCCCGUGGCACAGGGCCUGCCCUCUGCAGACCCUGACGAGUUCAUAGCCACACGCGCCCACCACCCUGAGGGACUGGAGGACGGCCCCUGCGUUUUCCCUACAGGAUCCUCUCACUGAGCAGAGAGGGGGCAACACGUCUGCCCCGGACCGCAUGGAAGGCGUCAGCCAUGGCAAUCAGGAGAAUGGCGACUCUCAGACUGCAGGCCGGCGCAGGAAGCGGGGCCAAGGCUGCUCUGCGGCCGGGGUCCCUGCCGGCCUCAGCUCCCCUGAGCCAGGGCUGGAUCCAGUGGUGCUGGUGGUGGUUGGCAGGCGGGGUGUGCAGAGUGACACCGCUCUCUCAAUCUUGACCCCAGACUAGGGAGCCUCCCAUAAAGCAGCACCCCUAAAACCCACAACCUUUGAGGGUCCCCACUGGAAAAGAGGAGCCGCGGGCCAGUGGGUUUUUCUUCUUGUAAGAGUACUUUAGAAUCCUCGAUCCAUGCCC